AUGAACACAAACAUCUCUGUGGUGACUGAUUUCAUUCUGGUAGGUUUCUCCCACCUGGCUCACCUCCAGGGCCUGCUCUUCUCUGUCUUUCUCACUGUCUACUUGCUCACGGUGACGGGGAACCUUCUCAUCGUGACUCUGGUUUCAGUGGACGCUGCCCUCCAGUCCCCCAUGUACUUCUUCCUUCGGAUUCUCUCAGCCCUGGAGAUCUGUUACACGUCUGUCACGGUCCCCCUGCUGCUGCACCACCUCCUCACAGGUCAGCGCCACAUCGCUCGCUCUGGCUGUGCUCUCCAAAUGUUCUUCUUUCUAUUUUUUGGCGCCACAGAGUGUUGCCUCCUGGCCGCCAUGGCUUAUGACCGUUAUGCGGCCAUCUGUGAACCACUUCGCUACCCGCUGCUGCUGAACCGUAGGAUGUGCUUACAGCUAGCUGGGUCAGCGUGGGCCUGUGGUGCUCUGGUGGGGCUGGGUCACACCUCCUUCAUCUUCUCCUUGCCCUUCUGUGGUCCCAAUGCCAUCCCACACUUCUUCUGUGAGAUCCAACCCAUCCUGCAGUUAGUAUGCGGAGACACUUCACUCAAUGAACUGCAAAUUAUCUUGGCAGCGGCCCUCAUCAUCCUCUGCCCCUUUGGCCUUAUCCUGGGCUCAUAUGGGCAUAUUCUGGCUACCAUAUACAGGAUUCCAUCCCGUUCAGGUCGCCGCAAGGCCUUCUCCACGUGCUCCUCGCACCUGAUUGUGGUCUCCCUCUUCUACGGCACUGCCAUCUUUAUCUACAUCCGCCCUAAGGCCAGCUAUGAUCCAGCCACUGACCCGUUGCUAUCUCUUUUCUAUGCUGUGGUCACCCCCAUCCUCAAUCCCAUUAUCUACAGUCUUCGGAAUGCUGAUGUCAAAGCUGCUUUAAAAAGGACCAUUCAAAGAAUAAGGCCGGUAGACAUUUGA